AGGAGCAUUUUGUUCUGGAUAGGGGAUCCGUGCCGUUAUGUCGAAAAGCUGUGGGUUCUAACAGUUUGUACUACUUGUUAAACCGGAUUUAAACGCAAGUUGAGGAUUUUGGUUUACAACCGUACUGGUAAAGGAACUGUUGAGGAUUGCGUUUUAUUGAUAGUACCCCACAACUGUGAAGUUAAACGAAGGGGAAGCGUGGGACUCGUUGGAAUCGCCUGUGGAUUCAUGCAGACUCGGUCUGGAUAUCAUUCUCAAGAUCGUAGCUGCAGACCAUUUACUGAUGGGUACAUAAUGUGAGGGAACACACCAGGAGAACUGUAAAUUAUUCGGAAAACAGAGAAAUUGUGAAAGAAUGAAGACAAGCUAGAAAGUGUUGUCUCCAAAGGACGGCAGACGUUUACCCAUACAGCUAUUUGAAGUAGCAAAUGUGUACCUGGACUAAACACGUACUCAGAGAAACCUGAACACUUUGCUGGUUGAAUCUCCAAAAGAACACCUUGACACAAAGUGAUCAAAAUGAAUGCUGAAGGAUAUCAGUACAGGGCUCUUUACGACUACAAGAAGGAGAGGGAGGAGGACAUUAAUCUGCACGUGGGGGAUAUACUGUUGGUAAGCAAAGGAGCUCUGAUGGCUCUUGGGUACACUGAUGGGCUGGAACAGAGGCCAGAUGAGAUUGGCUGGCUGCCAGGCUUCAAUGAAACCACUCAGGAAAAAGGGGACUUCCCUGGGACAUAUGUUGAGUACAUCGGAAAGAAGUGGAUCUCUCCCCCAACACCCAAGCCUAGGCCCCUCCGACCCUUACCUGUAGCUCCAGGUGUCUUCAUGGCGGAGACGGACUCAGACUCAGAGCAAGGCUUCUGUCUGCUGGACUUGACGGAGCAGUUCUCCCUUCCAGAGACCAGUCCACCCAUGUUGGCCAGACUGCUGGAAGCUAUUGAGAGGAAAGGGCUGGAAAACCCCACUUUAUAUCGAACAUUUACUGCUGGUGGUGGACUUGAAGUCAGACAAUACUUUGAUUGUGAUCCUCCCUCACCAGACCUGGAUCAUGUGGAACUUCCCGUCCUGUGUGAUGGUCUGCGCAGAUACCUGGAGGAUCUUCCCCAGCCUGUCAUCCCCACUGCAAUAUAUGCUCAGAUGGUCCAGACUGCCAAAGAGGUGGUGAAUCCUGAGGAAUGUGCCCAGCUGCUACGUUGCAUCGCCAUCGCCCCGAGCCUGCCUCCCCAAUACUGGCUUACCCUCCACUGUUUGCUAAGGCAUUUCUCUAGAGUGUGCCAAAACAGCUCCAAGAACCUGCUCAGUGCCAGAGCCCUGGGUGAGAUCUUCAGUCCUGUGUUGUUCAGACAACAGGCCACCAGUUGUGAACCCAGCUUGGAUGCUCACAUCAAGAUCAUUGAGGUUCUGGUGACCAGUGAAUGCAGUGAAAGUCAGGCAGCUCCAGCUCUACCUCCAAAGCCACCCAAGCCCACACCUGUGACUAACAACGGUAUGAACAACAACAUGGCGCUACAAGACGCCGAAUGGUACUGGGGAGACAUCUCAAGGGAGGAGGUCAAUGAGAAACUGAGGGACACUGCAGAUGGUACGUUUCUGGUGCGAGACGCCUCUACAAAAAUGCACGGAGACUACACUCUGACUCUGAGGAAAGGAGGAAACAACAAACUCAUCAAGAUAUUCCAUCGGGAUGGGAAGUACGGCUUCUCAGACCCACUGACCUUCAGCUCAGUUGUUGAGCUCAUCAACCACUAUCGCAACGAGUCACUGGCUCAGUACAACCCCAAGCUAGACGUCAAGCUGCUGUAUCCUGUCUCCAAACACCAGCAGGAUCAGGUGGUGAAAGAAGACAACAUUGAAGCGGUGGGGAGAAAGCUCUGUGAGUACCACCAGCAGUACCAGGAGAAGAACAAAGAAUAUGACCGACUGUAUGAAGAAUAUACCAGAACAUCACAAGAAAUCCAAAUGAAAAGGACAGCUAUCGAGGCUUUUAAUGAAACCAUAAAGAUAUUUGAGGAGCAAUGCCAAACACAAGAGCGGUACAGCAAGGAGUAUAUUGAGAAAUUCAGGAGAGAAGGCAACGACAAGGAGAUCCAGAGGAUUAUGGGCAACUACGAGAAGUUGAAGUCCCGGAUUAGUGAAAUCGUAGACAGCAAGCGGCGACUGGAGGAAGACUUGAAGAAACAGGCGGCAGACUACAGAGAGAUCGACAAGAGGAUGAACAGCAUCAAGCCCGACCUCAUCCAGCUCCGUAAGACCAGAGACCAGUAUCUCAUGUGGUUGACCCAGAAGGGAGUCCGACAGAAGAAACUCAACGAGUGGCUCGGAAUCAAGAACGAGAACACAGAAGAUCAAUAUUCUAUGGUGGACGAUGAUGAAGACCUUCCUCAUCACGAUGAGCGGUCCUGGAAACUAGGCAACAUCAAUCGACUACAGGCAGAGGCUCUCCUCCAGGGCAAGAGAGACGGAACAUUCCUGGUUCGAGACAGCAGCAAAGCAGGAUGCUACGCCUGCAGCGUUGUCGUGGACGGUGAGGUGAAGCACUGCGUCAUCAACAAGACCCCCUCAGGUUAUGGCUUUGCCGAGCCAUACAACCUGUACGGCUCAUUGAAAGAACUCGUACUUCACUACCAGCACACGUCUUUGGUCCAGCACAAUGACUCUCUGAAUGUGACGCUAGCUUACCCGGUGUAUACCCAGCAGAGACGGUGAGGACCUGGAUGUUUCCACAUGGACACAAAGAAAAGGCCUCAUUGGGGAGUUGGAGAUGUAUGUCCUCAAACUCCAUGAUUUGAAAAAAGAGGCUGUUUGCCGGACUCAGACUUGAAAUCGGAGGAAAAGACGCAAUAAAGCCUGAAACAUGUCAGUGACUUUGCCCAAUCACGAGCCAGAGGCAAGUCUGAAUGUAGAUUUCUUUCUUUUACUUAUUCUGGGAGCACAGAAUGGAGUGGAAACUGCUGAACUCUCCCACAGAGGAGGACAUUUGAGGCCUUUUCCUAAUGGUGCUUGUUCCUUUUCAAAGCUUUACCAGCCGGGAAUGUCUAAUUGCAACAGAAACUCUUCAAAUGGAACUUUACUCACCGGCCACAACUUUGUUUUUCCACCUUUUUGUUUUUUUCCUUUCACGUCAUCUGUGUGUGUGUGUGUGUGUGUGUGUGUGUGUGU